AUGCUGGGACGCAAGGUGGUUACCGUGUUUGUUCUUUGUUUGGCAGUUCUCGCCAGCGGGAUGCCGCAGUCGCCCGGUUACGAUAACCAACAGCCGUCGUUGGGGCUUCCAUUCCUCCAGUUCACUAAUGGCGGGAUUAGAUUCAAUUUCGGCGGCUACCACGCGGAAGCUGGACUAGGCGGCCUACUUGGUGGCUCGAAGACAGGAGGAGGACUCCAUGCAAGCGCAGGAACACCAUGGGGUGCAAAUGCGGCUGCUGGCUUGGGUGGAUUGCUGAGUGGCGAUAGCGCAGGCGCACAGGGAGGUCUUUACGCGAGGGCGAACCUCGGUAAUGGAGGACCAGCAGCCGGCGCUGGUUUGGGUGGCGUACUGGAUGGAAGCGGAAGAUCAGUCGCCCCAGCCAGGGGUGGCCUCUACGCAGGUGCAACCACAGGUGCCCAAGUUGUUCAUCCGCCUGAAAAUGGUAUCAGAAAAACAAACGAAGCAACCGAUAUCAUAGAAAAACCGGUCAAAAGUCGUACAAACAUUCAGAUCAUCACGCGUUCCGAAAAGAAGCCUGAGAAAUUGCAACAGGCGCCCAGUGACUCAGCGUAUACACUGAAAGAGGUAGACCAAUCCGCGGACAAAGUGAUUCGAAACAUAGAAACGGUCAAGGCAGCGCCCAUUGCGUCGGCAGGUGUUUUCGGCGCUCUUGCCAUCGAACCUGCUCCGCAGGCACCCGUGCUAGCUCAGGUGGAAAAGGUAAAGACAAUAGGUGGGCUUGGGGCUAUCGAGCCAGCUCCCCUUGCGCCUCCUUUGCAGAGUCAAAUCAACGAGAUCGUCGAAGUUGUUCCACCUCAGCCAGUGAGAGUCGUGUAUCCAAAAUGGGUCUGGAGAAAGAGGUUAUUAGGGCACAGGAAGCAAAUCAUUCAUAAUACUUCGGUAGAAGUUCAGGACCCGUCCAAUUUAAAUACUCAAAAAGUUUCCCGCCGUCAGGCUCAAGAUGUCCCGAGGGAUGCAUAUGCAUCUGGAACAAAUGUUGUGCCAGUAGAGUACGCGAACAAGAAUGACGGAGUGUUCGAUGACGUCUUUAAUAUACCUAUAUCGACAUUAAACGCUGUCAACCAACUGCUUAACCGCAACGCCGGUUGACCAAUAGCAUUUAAGCGUAUACUCGAAACUUCUCGCUCGCGACGCGUAUUUACGCGUGACUUCGUGGUAAUGGAAACUACUUGUUUUUAGAAACUAUUUUGUAUACUAGUUUUCAGGUGCAUUUCUAAUUAAAUUAUGUAAC